GAUCCUAUAUAAUUUCUCUGUUAUAUACCAUUGAAACUCCACCUUUGCAAUUUGUUGCAUGCUCCAAAGUUAUCAGGAAUUAUUGUUGUUGUUAUGCAAGCGCGUGAUUGUAAUGUUUUGAAUCGUGAAUUUUUUGUUUUUAAAGUUUUUAAAUUUGAAUGAUAAAAAUGGAUUUAAUCGAAUCAAUGGAUACUUCGGAACCGGAAAAAGAUGAAACAGAUGAUGAUGAUGAUGGUGAUAAUGAUGAACAAGAAAUCCAAAAGAUAAAUAUCGCUUUACAAAUGAAUCAGAUGUUAACCGAACAAUUCACAUGGAAACGACAGAAAAUUCUAAAAGAAUUAAACGAUUUAGAUUUCUGUGAUAAUAGUGAAGAUGAUGAUAAGGAUGAUAACAAAGAAUUAUCGUUAAAUCAAAAUCGAAAAGUAACACAAUUAGAAAAACGAUAUUCAACAACAUUAUUGACAACAUUCUACAAACCAUAUCUUCGUGAUAAUCGUGGUUUUAGUGCACCAAAUCUUUUCAAUCCUGAACAUGAAUAUGUUCUUGAAUCACGGAUUCAAAUGAUAUUACAUCAUCCUUGUCAUGUUCGAAAUUGGACAGAAAAUGAAAAGAACGUCAUACUUAAUGAAGUACGAUCACAACAUUUAUUCAAACAAACACGUUCGAUCGUCAAACGUAUUGAAGAAUUGUUAGUAUUACCUGUACGUAAUGUCGAACAGGCUGAAGAAAUCAAACAAUUAAAUUCGGAAUUAGCAUUGAAACGAUUAUCACAUGAAGAACCGGAGCGAUUCUGUUCGAAUAUCGAUUGGUUAGCCAUUGCUAAAUUAUGUGAAAAUGAAGAUCGAAAUGAUGAUGAUUGUGAACUUUAUUAUAAUAAUUAUCUACAUUCCAGUGUAAAUCGUCAAGAAUGGACAGAAGAAGAAGAUGUAAAACUUAAAGAAUUAAUUGAAAAAUAUGGUGAAAAUGAUUGGGAUCGUGUUGCGGUCGAAAUUCAUACCGGUCGUUUACCAUGGCAAUGUUGUUCUCGUUAUCAAUCACGACAUUCAAAAUCAUUACAUAUGACCGGUCCUAUUGAUGAUGCCGAAGCAAAAAAACUUCUUCGUUUAAUUGAACAGGCACGUACAGAUGGUGGUGAAGUUGAUUGGAAAUAUGUUUCACGUAUUGAAGAAGGUCGACUAUUACCACAGAUAAAAUAUUUUUAUCAACAACAUCUGCUCGAAUCAUCAGAAUUAAAAUUGAAAAAAUAUACUCGUUGGACACGUCUUGAAGAUACGAUAUUAUUUGCUGCACAUAAAUAUUAUAAAAAUGAUAAUAAUGAUGAUAAACAUGAUUGUAUUUAUGUAAAAAUUGCUAAACAUUUACCUGGUCGUACAAAUCGACAAAUACGUGAACGUUAUACAAUGAUAUUAUCACAACAACGACAACAAAAAGGUUAUUGGAAACAAUCGGAAGAUUUAGCUUUAUUAAAUGCAUGUGCAAAAGAUUUACUUGAAAAUGGUAAAAUUGAUUAUGUUCGUUUAAAUCGUAAUCUAUUUCCAUUACGUAAUCCACAUCGAAUAUUUCAUCGUUUUCGUUUAUUAUCAAGAUAUUUACCGGAAGAUUUUUAUCAUCAACCAAUCAAUAAUAAAUUAUUAGAUUGUUUACAUCCGGUUAAAACAAAACGUUUUGCAAUGAAACAAAUUUAUCGGCCAAAAUUACCAAAAAAUCGUCAAAAAUUAUUCAAUUAUUUACGGAAAUUAUCCAAUAUUCAACAGAUGAUUAUGGAAGGUAAACAAAUUGAAUAUAAUUUUGAUGAUGAUGAUGAUGAUAAAAAUGAUGAAGAUUUUAUUAGUGAUAAUGAUAGUGAUAAUGAUGUUGUCGAUGUUGAUAUUGUACAACAACCACAACAACAACAAACAACAAAAACAAACAAAAUAAAUUUACCAACAGCAUUAACCGUAUUGACUAAACCUAAUGAUAAAAAUGAUGAACAACAAUGGACAAUCGAUUCAUGUAUACAAUUAUAUAAACAUCUUAAACCAUUGGCUGGUUUUUUUCAACGUCGUUGUAUAUAUGAUACAAUUGGUGAUAUAUGUUUGACAGAUAUGUUACGUACAAUUUUACGAGAAUUAUUAGAUACGGAUAUUGUUACCGAUAUUUGUCGCGGUACUAGUUCUUCUUCUUCAUUGAUUAAUCAAUGUAAUAAUAAUAAUAUGAACCUUGAAACUAAUGAUCAAUAUAAUCAUAAUAAUGUUAACAAUGUCAAUCCAUUGUCAUUGGAUACUAUAAGAUUCUAUUUAGCUUCUACAUCCGUUUCAAUCAAUCAACAACAACAACAACAACAAUCUAAUAAUAUUCGUUCAUUGUUUUUACCAAAUUAUUCAACAACAUAUGCAUAUGUUUUAAUGCAAUUUUUAUAUAAUGCAAUGUUUAUUCAUUCAGUUGAAUGUCAAUAUAAUAUUAAUGAUAAUAAUAUUGAUAAUAUUAAUGGACAAUUAGAAUAUCAAAAAUUACGUUCAAUAUUUAUAUCAUUAUUUUUAUGGCCUGCUUUAUUAUCCAGAUUAAGACCUGAUACUGAUUGUAAUGAUAAACAAUUACAGGAAAUAUUAAUAUCUAAUCAACAACAACAAAAAAACAACAACAACAACAAUGUUAUUAAUUCAAUGAAUAUUGAAUUACCGAAAAAUUCUGAUGAAUCAAGUUUAAUGAUCAAAUGUCGAAAAAGAGGUAGAAAACCGAAACGUCAAUUUCGUCAUGAAAAUUUGGAUAAAUUUCUGCGUAUUCGUUCAAUGCAGAAUAGAAUAUUUUUUAUUAAUAAAAAUCAUAAUUAUGAAUCCGAACAAGUUUCACCAUCAUCAUCAUCAUCAUCACCAUUA